UCUCCCAAGGUUUUUCUCCAUUAUGUCUCAGAGGAGUUUUGGUUCCUUGCCGCUGUCGCCUCUGGCUUGCUCAGUUGGGGACACUUAAUUUCUAGCGAUUAUCGCCGAUUUGAUUGCACAGAUACUAUUUAAACUAAACUGAGCUAGACAAUGACAUCUCUGAAUUCAAUAAUGAAAUGCCUUUAACUGAAAAUUGAGUGUUUAAUCUUAUCAUUAUACAUUACUAACACUCUAUCCUCCAAUUUGAUACUGUUAAGUGCUUUGACACAAUCUGUAUUGUAAAAGCGCUAUAUAAAUAAAGGUGACUUGACUUGACUUGUUGUAAAUACAACUUAACCACUGAUUUGUAGUUGUGUCCUCUUUUGGAAGCCCAAACAAAGUAGUCGAAAUUCACAAUGAAACACAGCGUCUCCACGACAUAGCGCCGGCGGCAGCAACAACAACACUACAGCGAGAAUAAUAGUUCCGCCUUUCUUUGCGUGUACGUUUGGGCGGCGUUUUGCAAAUCUCCCCACACUGUGACGUAGACAUGUGGGGGCGUGUUUGAAUGAGCCGUUUUAGGGGGGCGUGGUCGAGUCUUAACUUUUAUAAAGAAUAUCUCUUUAGUCUUUGCACCUUCAGGGAUCUUAUCUAUGCACAAACAGCUUGCAACACUCCAAAGAGAAAGGAAAACUUGAAAUCGCAUCAUAUGACCCCUUUAAAAAAACAUGGUCAGGUCAAAGUGACUGAAAAAAAUGUAUCCCAAAUUUUUAUCAAUUUUACUGGUAGUCCACUGUACGAAGAAUUUUGGGUAUAAUAAGUCAUAUAAUAUGUUUACUUUAUUUUGCUAUCCUCACUUACAUAAAUGAAAUACAGUGUCCUGCACCCACUAAUAAAAAGAUAUCAAAAAUUAUAUCUUUACUUUUAGUCAUUUAGCAGACGCUUUCAUCCAAAGCGACUUACAAAUAAGAAAAAGUAACUAAAACUAAGUUAAAACUCUAUAAAUACUAUAUAUGUGACCCUGGACCAUAAAACCAGUCUUAAGUCGCUGGGGUAUAUUUGUAGUCAAAAAUACAUUGUAUGGGUCAAAAUGAUCAAUUUUUCUUUUAUGCCAAAAAUCAUUAGGACAUUAAGUAAAGAUUAUGUUCCAUGAAGAUAUUUUGUAAAUUUCCUACUGUAAAUAUCAAAACUUAAUUUUUGAUUAGUAAUAUGCAUUGCUAAGAACUUCAUUUGGACAACUUUAAAGGCGAUUUUCUCAAUAUUUAGAUUUUUUUGCACCCUCAGACUCCAGAUCUUCAAAUAGUUGUAUCUCGGCCAAAUAUUGUCCUAUCAUAACAAAACAUACAUCAAUGGAAAGUGUAUUUAUUCGGCUUUCAGAUGGUGUAUAAAUCUCAUUUUCGAAAAAAUUGACCCUUAUGACUGGUUUUGUGGUCCAGGGUCACAUAUACACAUUUAAGAAAAUAAAGAAAUUAAAUAAAAAUGACAAAUGCAUACAACAUUUCAAAACUACACAUUUAAAUGAAACCAAAAAAUAAAGCUAAAAACAAUUCAAAAUACUAAAACAACAAAAGGUAUGAGUAUAAUAAUGAUUCUAACAUAACACUAAGCCAAACACCAAAAAAACAACUACAUAUGUGUAUGUACAGCCACACACACACAUAUAUAUAUAUAUUUUUUUUUUAUAUUUCAUUUCCAUUUAGUAUGUUUAAAAUUAAAUAAAACUUAAUAAAAAUCCUAUGCUGACAAAAAAACUGAUAAAAUGACAACAUUACUACAACUGUAACUAAAACUAAGAUAGAUAACAAAUACAAAUCAAACUACAUUAGUUUAUCAGGAAUCCUAAAAAAAAUAAUAAGAAAUGGUUAUAAAAACUGAAACAGAAGUGAAACAAGUAGAGGAAAAAUAAAAAGCGAUACUUAUAUCCCUCGUCGGUUUCCCUGGAGGCGGUUUCCGUGGAGUCGCACGGUAGAGUUGAUGGUCUUUACACUCUUCGGUCUUAACACGAGGAGGCCUUCACACAACGGCUGCUGCGACUAAGCUAACUAAGCUUUUUUAUACCCGUCUAACAAAAUACUAAUCCAAUUCAGCUGAACACACUUUCCUGUUAAUCACAACAAAUGGCCAAGCAAGCGCCCGGCACUGACAAGGGAUGCGAUACAGUACAAGACCAAAUGCGAUUUCAGCAUGUCUCCACACAGUUUAUAUCACAUCCAAAUCCUGGCUUUAGUCGGAAUUGCCAGGCAUGCGGAUCAGGCUGCAGGGCUCUGGCCACGCGGCCCGUCUCCUCUCCGAGCUCAACCGCUGCCGUCUGUCUCGCCUCCAGUGUGACGUCGUCCUCCAGGUCGGAGGCCGUUCCUUCCCUGCUCAUCGUGUGGUCUUGGCAUGCUCUUGCACGCACUUUAACAGCCUCUUCUCCAGAGGUUCUGGCAACCAGGGUGCUGUUCCGACCACUUUCUCUCUGGACUUUGUCUCCGCCGCCAAUUUCGAGAAAGUCUUGACUUUUAUCUACACGGGCGAAAUUUUCACAGACUUGAUCGAUGUGGGUGUGCUGUAUGAGUUGGCGGAAAGGCUCGGCGUGAGGGAGUUGGUGAACGCUUGCCAUGCCACCUUUCCUGACCUGCAGAGCUCCAGCUCUGGAGACACAGUUGCCGAAGGGGAUUUGGAAAGCGAUUUGGUGUCGGCCAAUGCUACUGCUGCGUCUGUUUGCUCGUCCUCUGCAGCGUCCUGCUCCUCGUUGUCUUCUUCAGCCGCUCCUACUCCUGUAACUCCAUCUCCGGUUUCUCAAGGCAGGAACGGCAGGUUGAAUCGCUCCCACUUGGCCACCCAGUCACCAAAAAAUGAAGACUUGCAGGUACAUUUGGGUUACAAUCAACAGGUGACCAACAAGGCUAGUCCUUCGGACAGUAACCGUUCUACAGAUGCUCUUCCUGGACUGCCUUUGCAGCUCAAGACUGAGCAGGAGGAUGAAGGAGAAGAUGCAGGAAGUAACUCAGUGGACCAGCUUGUUGUUAAUGGUAGCAAAUCAACGUUUGGGCCUCAGGAACCAUGUUCCGUCCCUGAUUCUUCAGCCCAGCUUGGAGGGGAAACCUGCGCCCCUUCGUCGUCCUCCAAUGACCCCUUGGACAGUUUGCAGCUGGGGGCCGUUGCAGGACCAAUCAAAGAUUCAGAUUUUUUUGAGGAAGAUGAUUCUAGGAAGAGGCACCGACUACAGGAAGAGCAGACGGAGGGCAGCGAUCAGUGGCGAGGACUUUCAGAAGACAUCAUUGAGCUGAGCGACGAGGAGGAGCACUUCAUUGUGGAGGAAGAGGACGACGAGGACUUGAUGUGCAUCGAGAAUGGAGAAAACGGGGCGUCUCUCGGACAGCUGGCGUCAUCGCAGCCGUGCAAAUCCUGCGGGAUGCUACUUCCGUCGGAAAACGCCGUCAUACGAACUCACGCUGAGGCGCACCUCUCGGAAACGGGUUCAUGUCAGGUGUGUGGCAUCUCUUUCUCGGAGCGAGCUGCUGCUGUCGCUCACGCCCUCACACACGUGGGCAUCUUGCUCUUCUCCUGUGAUGUUUGCGAACAUCAGUUUCGGACUGAAUCUGCACUGAUUCACCACAGGCGUCAGUCAGCUGCCAAGUGUGCCCCACAAAAUCCAGACCAGCUGAACGGAGCCUCCCAACGACAAGGAGGGGAACUGCAGUGUACCAUCUGUGCUAAAUCCAUGGCGAAUGAUUUUAAGGCUGUCAGGGACCACGUUCAGAGCCACGCAUGCUUGAGGACAUUACGCUGUGAAGUGUGCCAGCUGUCUCAGCCCUCUCGAUGCGCCCUCCUGUGGCACACACUAACACACCUCUUUCCUAUUUACACUUGUCCACAAUGCGCCAGCCCCUUCCUGGAGAGCACGCUGCUGGAAAGACACCUGUCUCUACACACAGAGGAAGGAGCGUCGGUGAAACAGGACGACAGCAGCCCGGAGACCAGUGGAGAAGGCCAGGCCGAGCUGCGCUGCUUCCUGUGUCCACAGACCUUCCGCUCAGAAACCGCGUUUCAUUACCAUCUCAGCGUGCAUUCGAACGAGCUCCAGGGCAGCCAGGUAUGGCCGGUCAAGCGCAAGGCCGACCAGCUCCUCGAAUACUCCUCAUCCUCCUCGUCACCUAUGGAGGCGAGCGGCUCGGGUAAAGCAGGUUACAACUUAAGCCUAGGCUUCAGCAUGCAGGACAAAAUGGCUCACGGCAGCGCCCCGUUUCCUGCCGGACUCGUACUGAAUGGUAACUCUGGUGGCGGAAGGGAAAAAUUGUAUCGCUGUCGGUAUUGCGGUAAGCAUUUUGCACACUCGGGCGAGUUCACCUACCACCUCCGCAUCCACACGGGCGAGAAACCCUACCAGUGCAAAGUAUGCCUGCGCUUUUUCCGUGGCCGUUCCACCAUGAUCUGCCACCUAAAGACGCACUCAGGCGCCCUCAUGUACCGCUGCACCGUCUGCGGCCUGUUUUUCUCCACGCUCAAGAUGGUUUCCUCGCACAUGGAGAUCCAUAAAGACCAGCUGCCGCCCGAUUUCAACAUCGAGGAGACCUUUAUGUAUAAUGACCACUCUAAAGAGCCCGUCCCCAAUAUGGACACCUGAAAGUCGCCCUCUCUGAACGCUCCGUCACACUGUGUGCCCACGUUUACUCCGUAUGUUGUUGAGGACAAGUAGACUUAGAAUGUAAUUAAGUGUUUAAUGUGAUCGUCUUUGUGUCGUUUGUGUACAGAAUGAGAACGCUUCUUGUUUUUUAAAGACUAAAUUAUAGGUAAAACUUUAUUUUAAAAAUGUAGUUCUGAUACUUGACCACUUGAUGGCAAGAGAGACUGAGCAAAGUUGCAUUGCCAAUCAAAUCGUUGGACAUGCGUACUCAUUAUUUCCUUUUUCUUUACAUUUUAGAAUAAUAAUAAAGUCAUCAAAGCUACGAAAUAACUAAAAAAAUAAACAUCUUAUAUUGUAGCUUCUUUAAACCUUUGCCAAGAACAUGAUGAAACACUAUUAAUGUGUCACUAUCAUUUAUUUAAAAUAAAAAUUUUGUUUCGUAAAGAAUUCUUUCACAGACGCAAGUUAUAUUUGUCUUCAAAGCCAGUUUCAACCAUUUUAAAUAUAAGCAUUUGGAUCAAAAUAUUUAUUUUUAAGAUCACAGCAAACAAAUUCAGUCAAGUGUGUCCAAACUUUUGAUUUGUAGUGUUUUAAGUCAUUUUUAACGGGUUGCUUUUCCAAGUGCUGAUCUGCAAUUACCUCUAUAUACUCUUCUGGCAACUCUAUCACAAUAAGCUAAAGGUCUCUGGUUAUUCUGGAGAAGCACAAAGUAACUUUUGUUCUUACACAACGCAAGUGCACAUUGAGAAUAAACCAAGACUUUUCUACGUUUUCUGAUAAAUAAAGCAGUGCUCUAGGUCAAGAAUAUAAAUAAAAUGGUUCUUCUAAAAAGUAAAUAAAUAAAUGAAGGUACUUUUCUUUUACAGAAUAGCCAUUAUUUUUAUAGUAGUGUUGUGUAUCACUGACAUGGACUAAAUUAGAAAUAGUUACUGGUUUAUGAGAUGCAGUAUAAUAUAGUUUGGAUGUUGUACAUAAAGCGAAACUCUUUGUAUGUCGUUCAUUUCAUUUGGAAAAGAGAAGCGAUUCAGACUGGGGUGCUAAUAUAUCAGUCGGUUCAUAUGUCAGUGUUCACCUUCUUCACUUGGGACAGAGUGUUUUGUGUGAAUGGCAUUGUCAUGAAUAAAUGACAAUUCUCUUUAGAAAGCUGUGAUGUUCUUUUGUACCAUUUUCCCAGCAGUUAUUUGCCUGUUCUUUCUUAUAUGGGACAAUUUUACAUUGUAUAUUUAAAUAAUAUUUUGUUCAAUUCAAAACUGAUUUGGCAUUCAUAAUUGAUGUCAUCAAACCACAAAGUAUGUACUCAAAACUGCUGGGACAUUGUGGUUGUUAUAGCUUUAUUUGCAAUGUAGCACAGAAAAUACCGGCUGAACCUUAUAAACUGCCUG